AUGGGCAUCUGGCGUCAUGAGAACCAUAUAGAGCACUUACCAUCAAUCAUAAACUCGUUUAAUCAACAUUAUAUGUUUCUGAAUGAUAACAUACGAUCACAUCGGGGCAGACUAAUUUCUACUAAAUUUUCUAAUCAAUAUAGGAAUGAGGUAUUUAGCAAAAUCUGCAAUGGCCGUAGAUAUAACGGAAAAAUUGGAAGACAUCUCAUCUGUUUUUGUUGUGGAAGAACGUAA